GGCAGAUGCAUCUCAUCAACCUUGCCCUUGACAAACUAUCAACCACCCAAACCCGAAAAUAGGAAUUUAACGAGCGACUCUUCUCGCGCCCGAACUUCAAAACCGAAAUUAUGGCUACCGGAGCGCAAUCUUUCUAUGAGCUGUACCGUCGAAGCAGCAUUGGUCUCGCUUUGACAGAUACCCUCGAUGAUCUCAUCAGCGACGAGCGCAUCAACCCUCAGCUUGCCAUGAAGAUCCUGAGCAAUUUCGAUCAGGCCAUCACUGAGGCUCUUCAGAAGAACGUUAAAGCUAGACUUCAAUUUAAGGGAAGCCUUGACACCUACCGAUUCUGCGACGAAGUCUGGACCUUUUUGAUCAAGAACGUAACCUUUAAAAUGGACAAUGGGAGUCAAUCCGUCACGGCGAACAAGGUCAAGAUUGUCAGCUGCAACGCCAAGAAGCCUGGCGAAGGACAAUAAGUCAACGACUCACGAAUGCGCACGAUCGAAUACGAAGAAAGGUAUCUGCAACUUUCAUAAAUUGGGAAACUACCGAAAUUCUGCUUUUCCAGCAUUGGGCGGCGUUUGGAACCUGGCUCUUUACAGUUACAGGACAUUGAUUUAUCGUGGGCAAGAAAUUAAGCACUAGAUUCAGUGCUAGGGAGCUAGACUUGAUUUUAUGCACAAUCAACAGAAGUUUAGUCAAGAAUGAUAUUACAUUGCUUUA